UUCGUACUUGUGUCCAUUAUGGCUAUUACUUGCACUUAAAUAGUCUUUUCUGUGCUCAUAUCAAUAGACUAAAAAUUUCUUUUCGUUAGUACUAGUAGUCUACUGCGUCCAGGUUUGCCAACAGUAACCAUCAUUCCCGCAUUGUGUUCCAUCCCAUCUUGCAAAACAAGCGAGAAGGAUCUAUAUAAUCGGAAUCAAUCUCAAGCAUUUACUUAAAAAACAAAACGAAGAGGGUAUUCCUGUCGUCAGCCACUUUCAAGUUUAAUUUGUAUCUCAUUGUAGGAGCAAAAAAAGAUUUUUCUUAUAUGGACCCGAAUCAAUCUUCUCUCCUUGAUCAAUGCAAAUCCUUUCUUCCUCAGAUAAAAGAAGCUAAUGAAGAGUUGCAUAAUUUGGACGGCAGACAUGACCUUCAAGAGCUUUCAAAUGAGAAUAACUACAUUGAAAUGGAUUUGGCUCUAGGAGUCUUGGAAGAGCAGUCUGCAAAGCAUCAGAAUAUCGAAGAAGGUGCUUCAAGUGCUGAAGAACAAGAUGGCGAAGUAGAAGCAAACCCGUUAGAGCAUCUCUUGGAUAUUUAUCAUCAACAGAUACAAGGUUCGUCAGAAACGGACACUACCUUGACGGACUUCCUUGGCGAAAAACUUAGCAAAGCUGCUCAUGCUGAUUUAGAGCAAAAUCCAGAAGAAUCGAGUGAAAGUGAUAUACGUGAAGUUGAGACAAAGACUACAAAGAAACUCUAAAUAAAGGAGAAAGAACAAGAGAUUUAUGUUAUGUGUGAAGAAUGUACAAAAAUUUCAUUACCGGUUAAUAUGUAUAAGAUAUAGUUAUGACCCAUUUUCUCAUAUAUUUUGAAUCAGUUUUGGUUCCACAUUAAUGUUCGUUUAAUACUCUCAAACCAAUCAGCAUCUUCUUCUGAGGAAUGCACAGUUGGGAAAGGAUAUCGGGAAAUACGAACGGUCAAGUAAUCUCCUUGUAGUAAUUCAGUUCGAUUUCUCCCGUCGAAAGAAAUCCUGUUUGUAAAUAAGUUAGCCUUUUCAAAAGUUUUAUUCUUUUUUUGUAAACUUACCAGCUACUUUGAGAAGCAUCUUGAGGAACAACGACAUGGAGAGCCAUUGAAUCAGGAACAUGGAUGGGUCGUAAACUUAACGAAUGUGCGCAAAUCGGGCUAACUAUCAUAACGGAAAUAUCAGGAUGACAAAGCGAACCGCCAGCCGCCAGCUUGUUGAUUGUUAGCAAGAGCAAUUCUCAUAAAUAGCACUUACCGAAUAAGCAGUCGAUCCUGUUGGUGUAGAUACACAGAGUCCAUCAGCUUUUACAGUCGUCAAGUACUUGGAAUCGACGUAUAACAUUAAAUCACUCAUUGCUGUAUUGGGGCCUCUAUCAAUAACGACUUCGUUCAAAACUACCAAGGAAUCUGUAAACUCAUGUGUAUCUGUAUCGGAUUCACAUAGGGAUUGUGACAGAUGAUUAUCUAAAUUAAUAAAUUUGGUCCUAUCCUUUUUCUUCAUAACGCGGCAUUCAAAGCGAGUUCGU